CAUGAUAUCGACCAUUUGGGGACAAAUACGACUCGCGAGUCCAUAUCGAAAGCAGAGAUAAAUAUCCUCGGCAAAAUGAAGUUCGUUAUUUUCACCGUUCUUGUUAUCGCCGCAAUGGUCAUCGCUGCACCUCAGGAGCGAAAAGUGUGCUCUGCUAACCAAGGAUAUUGCCAAGUGUAUGAAGACUGCUGUCGUCAUCUAGUAUGUCAGACCUAUUUAGCUCGCUGCGUGCCAAAAGGAGGUUUGAUCAUUCCAGGAGAAGAUAAAAGACCUCUCUCACCUGACGACUCAUAGUCACCAAACGUAUGAGUCAAAUUCUCAAUGAUCAAUUAAUACAACGACCCAUUAUUCUACGACGAC